AUGGACCAUCAGAGCGCUUGGGCAGAGGAUGCCAGUGAAAUCCAGAAAGCGCCACAUCAAAUGGUAGAAAAUGCCCUACAAAACUCACUCCUUCCGAUUGAACGUCCUCUUUCGCUCUUUGAGAGGGUGAUCACCACCAAUGCUCCCAUCCUCGAAUCUCUACUUCUCCAGAUCCCGACCGAUACCAUCCUGAAGCUCUAUCAUACCUCUCAUUACCUUCGAACGUUCUUUCGUUCAUAUCCGACCGCAUGGAAGUCUCUUUCAUUUCGCUUGCUUUACCCAUCGGGUACUAUCCCUUCGACUCGGAUAAUAAUUCCGGGCAUGUCAGAUGAACCCCAACGCCAAUCGCGCCCAUAUGCCCUGGACCAGUUAUUGAUGAAUGUGGUGAUUCCAUUCAGCGGUUGCCUUAAGAGCUUGGAGUUGGACAACACAGCUGUAUCUGGACAGAUCCUGAUUUCAACAGUACUGCAUGCGCGAAGGGAAACUCUAGAGCAUCUGUCAGUCCGCGGCUGCAAGAAUGUCUCUCUGAAGUACCAUAUCAUCCCUUAUUUGACAAUGUUCGGCCUUCAAUACGACGUAGACAUGGAGAGGAAUAUCGGUACCUCUCCAGCAACGAAGCGGCUCGCUCUGAAGAGUUUAUAUGCAUAUCGUUGUCGCCAUCAUCGCCGUCGACCUUAUCUCACGGCCUCGCUCUUGCGGAAGGAUUCGGAUUCUGAGCCGACUCAUGAACUUGUCACUCUUUGCCAUAAGUUGGGGAUCUGGACUGACACUGCGUGGUGCACAACGCCUGCUGGCAGGUGUUUUCGCAGACGUGGAUAUGUCUCCAUGCGUGUCCCGCAAGGCUCCCCAGAAGUCUGGGUGGUAUUUGAUCGACUUUGGAGAUGCAAGAACUGGAUUGGUCCCGUCAAUUCUUCUGACCAGCACUAUCCCACUCGGGAUGGUAAACUUUGGGAGAAUUGUGAUACCGGAUGCUAUGGCGAGGCAGUAGGUACUGGAGAGGGACCCGACGUAGGCGAGGGCAAGAUGACCCCCGCACAUCUUCGCCACAGUCAUGUCCAGUUCGUCCGAGAUGUGAAAUGUGAUAAUUGUUUGGAUGACAUCUCAGAACGUUGUGAGCAAUGCAGUAUCUUGAUGCACUGCGUGGGAUGUCGAAAGACCCUCUGUGCUAGUUGCGCUUACGAGCGGCCCUACUUACACCGUGGAAAUUCUGCUACAUCUACCGGCGACCACUCUAGUAGUACUUCUGACGCUAUAUGGUGGGCUCCCGGAGCUACGCUUUCCCCUAGUUCGAUGCACGAUCCCGUGUCAAGCCCCAUGGACCACCAACACCACAACCUGUUCAAUGCAGCAACGCCGUCGUCGAGUCCUGCUCUCAGGUUUCAUUGGUGCUGUACAGAACCCAUCUUCUCCGGCGGUGGAGGAAUCAGUAUCGGUACUCCCAGUCGAGAUGUAGACCAGGUCCGUGCCGUACCUUUGCCUCGCGGCCGGGGAUGGGAAGACCUCGAGUACACCGUCAGCGAGUGGAGCAAGACGUUUCCAAAGUACGCAUACGGCGACCCUAGCAAACCGGAUUACUCGCUAGAGACAGGUCAUCUGGCAAUGAUGAAGUGGCUCCUCGGACCCCCCCAAUCGGCAAGUCUCACCAUGUCCGCGCAACCUAUGCCAGGAUUGCUACGACUCGCCACAGUGGAAAGUGCAUUGCAAAAGUUGCUCCAAGCCGCUCUGCAUUGA